CACUCGGCCACGCGGCGAGGACCAAGACCACAACAACAACCAUGGCUUCUGCUACGGGAUCCAGAGGCGUUUAUCGGGCGUUAUUUAAUAGAAGUGUUUUGUUGUCCCGCGGGCAACUGCGUCCACUGUGCGGCGUGCCACCAGAUGAUGGCAAAGCCCCAGAGAAACAGGAGUCGCCUGAGACAAAGACCGAGGACAAGAAAGCAGCUGCAAAAAAGAAACUGAACGAUUUGCUUGCGUCGUUAGCAACGACUGACCGAAUUCCCGUGGAGCGCACAAGCAGCUUGAAGCUCUCGCAACCAAAACCCCGUCAGAAAACCAAGACCCCCAAGGCAAAGGAGGAAGCAGAGGUACCGCCACCAGAGGAACAAGUCAUUGAACCCGAGCUUGCCGCAGCCACCAAGGAGGUAGCCAAGAGUCUGGGUGGAGAUGUAGAAGCCACUGAAUCUGAGCUGUUGUCCACCUUAAGAUCUCAUGCCUUAGAUACCUCUGCUAGUGAGAAGCCAUCAGCAAAUUUAAGCGAGUUAUUUGUAGGGCUAAAAGUCGAGAGGAGUCAGAGUAAGCCCGUCUUUGAGCGUCCUCGCCGGAAGCGUUAUGACAGGGAGGACCAGCAGAGAAUGCAGCAAGGAACCCAGCGGCCUGAUGAGUUUGUGCGGCCUACUAGGAUGAUGUCCAGGGAGUACAUAAAAACUGAUAUCUUUGGAGGAGAACCCCUGAACAUAUUCUCUAGCGAAGAGAUUAAGGCAGAGAACGUGGAGUCAGCAUGCCCAGUGUGGGAUGCUACACACCUCCGAGAGAUACAGCAGACGGUGGUGCAGCCUCCAAGCAAUGCCUUUGUGGAGAUGGUUCAGUGGACCAGACAGGGCAAACUGUGGACCUUCCCCAUUGACAAUGAGAUUGGACUAGAGGAGGAGAAGAAAAUAGGUUUCCAAGACCACGUGUUCCUGGAGCACCACCUUGAAGGAUGGUGUCCCCGGCGUGGUCCCAUCAGGCACUUCAUGGAGCUCGUGUGCACUGGACUCUCGAAGAACCCGUAUCUCACAGUGGAGCGGAAGAAGGCCCACAUUAUGUGGUACAAGAACUACUUCGAGGAGAAACACGACCUUCUGAAGGAAAUCGGUGCUAUUGAAGGAUGAGGAUUGUAGUGGGCUGAAAUAGGAGUUUGGGAUUGUUGAUUAUGAAAUUCAAGGGUUGACACGUUAAUGGAGUUUCAAGUUAUAGUUAUUAAUUUUUUCAAAGACUGAAGUAUGUAAAGUUAGGUCUAAAUUGGGAAAGCUAGGCUACUAUACAACCACUUUUUUUUUGUUAUUUUUGGUACAAGUUCAUUGGUGAUUUUUUAUUUUUAAUGCUAAUAUAUAAAGUGAAGUGGUUUACAUGUAUCAGUGUACUGUAGUAAGUUAUAGAUAUUUGUAAUAAUUAUAAAGAGGAAGAAAAAUGCCAUAUAUGAAUAUCAGUACAUUUGUUCUAAUUGUGUAAUUAAAGUGGUUUUGUUUGAAUUAAUUUAUGUAUAUUAUGUAAAUAAAGACAAGAAUUUAUA